GUGUGGUUUAUUUAUAACAAUUAUCAAAUAGUUGGUCUGUGUGCUUCACAACAACGCCACCCAGCGUGUUAGUGGAACAAUGCACCCCUGACUAGAGCGGAAGUUGGAGUCUUGUUAUGUAUAUUGAUUGGUUGGGAAGAUUUCGCUUCAUUUUCAAUUAUUUUGAAAACACUUCCUUGUUUACAAAUUCUGGAGCUGGACCUGCUUUUAUUGCUCGGCAUAUUGCGUAAAGGGUAAUAUAAUGAAUGAAAUGGACGGAUUAUCUAGUGAAUGAAUCUAUCGUUAAUUUGCUUGUUAGUAGCUACACGCUAACAAGAUGACGGGGACAAAUAUUUGUUUUUCUUAUGUGGUUUAUCUUAAUCCUUCUCCUUACUUUGCUAACAUUAAGCAAGCUAACUAUACUUGAAUUAUACUAAAGUGUGACAGCUAGCUUGCCUGUAUCAUGGAAAGGGUUGUGUCCCUUCUUAUGAAGAAACAUGUACUUUUCACAGUUUCGUUUUUUGUACGACUGGUUUUGGUCGGUUUUGGUGUCUAUCAGGACAGAACUACGGUAGUAAAAUACACUGAUAUUGACUAUCACGUGUUUACAGACGCAGCGAGGUUCAUCACGCAGGGCCAGUCUCCAUAUAACAGAUCAACCUACCGCUACACACCUCUGCUAGCAUGGAUCCUGACCCCUAACAUCUAUCUGAACCACGUCUUCGGAAAGCUUUUGUUCAUUACGUGUGACGUGCUCUCUGGCCAUGUGAUCUACCAUAUUCUUCGCCAGCGGGGGCUGAGCUGCGAGGCGGCCUGCCGUGUCUGCUCCCUCUGGCUCCUCAACCCUUUACCAGCCGGGGUGUCCAGUCGAGGCAACGCCGAGUCGGUCCUGGCCGUCCUUGUGCUGGCCACUCUGCUCUGUCUGGAGCUUAAUCGUCUUGUUACAGCGGCCGUGUUGUACGGCUUGGCCGUCCAUAUGAAGAUCUACCCGGUGACCUACGUCCUGCCUAUUGCCCUGUCCCUACAGAGACUGGCAGGUGGGGAGGACAGCAGAGUCAGACUGGUGUGGUGGAGAAGAGCCUUUGGGUUUCUCGUCAGUCUUCUGAAUAAGGAGUUGCUUUUGUUUGCUGGUGUGUCCGGAAUGGUGUUCUGUGGACUGAACCUGCUGUUCUAUUACAUGUAUGGGUGGGACUUCCUCCAGGAGACGUAUCUUUACCACCUGACACGGAGAGACAUACGUCACAACUUCUCCCCCUACUUCUACAUGCUGUACUUGACAGCAGAAAGCCCCUGGAGCCUGUACCUUGGCCUUGCUGCCUUCCUGCCCCAGGCUUUGCUACUGCUCCUGGUCUCUCUGGCCUUCCACAGAGACCUUGCCCUCUGCUGGUUCCUUCACACAUCCAUCUUUGUUUCCUUCAACAAAGUCUGCACCUCACAGUACUUCCUUUGGUAUCUUUGUCUGCUUCCUGUUGUCUUGCCUCGUCUGACCAUGUCACCAAAAAAAGGAUUAGGACUGCUGGCUCUCUGGUUCGCUGGACAGGGUAUAUGGUUGGCCCCAGCAUACUUCCUGGAGUUUGAGGGCUACAACACAUUUCUUCUUAUCUGGCUGGCUGGACUGCUAUUCCUGAUUAUUAACUCAUUUAUUAUGGUGCAAAUAAUUAACCAUUACAAACCAUUGCACACAGUGAAAAGCCUGAAAGCAGAGUGACAUCCCAACAUGUUAUUGAACACAAUUCCUUGGAUGUAAGGGAUCAAAUGAAAACAUCAGAAUAAUGGUAGCUAACUUGAUGACUUGUUAUUGUGAAACUCCAAUAUUGUGCAAUUUACAAAGAAAGUAAAACCACGUCAAACAGGGAUGGAUUUUAUUUGGAAGAGAUGAACACAUGUCAGGGAAGAUGUUGCAAUAGGCUAACGUAACAAUAGCAUCACGUGGCUUAGGUUGGUCCAGUGAUGUAAGCCCCUUCAUCUGGUACACAUGUUGAUGGUUCCAUAUUUGUUAUUAUUAUUUUAGCACUUCCACAUCUUUUCCACUUUCGCUGUCAAUAAACCAUGAUAUGGUGAAAAUACAUGGUUGGUCAGGAUGUCAGUGACCGAUGUAACCUGAUACAUUUAGCUUUGAGAUUGAAUCUUAUAGUAGUGAAAUAUGUCACAAAAGGACAAAAAUGUUAUGUGAAGUUGAACACUUGUGAAGCACAGUGUAUUAUUUUAAUGGUCUCCAUCCCCGAACAAGACCUCAUUUGAUUUGGUAAGAGUUUAUUUGAAAAAUACCCAAUGUGCAUUGCAAUUGUGUCUUGCGGUAAAGCCAUUUAGCAGAUGCUUGUGUCCCAAACAAGGUUUCUAUGAUUACAUGACCGAACAUUUACAUUUUGCCCCUAAAUGAUUACAGUAAAAUGUGCAUAUUUAUGUCCCUCAGUAUCCUUGCUGCUCCCCAGUGCUGACAGUAAAGUACAAAAUGUGCUAUUUUCCAGGGCACUGAAUUAAUACGGUGGAGGGAAUACGCUGCUAUAUUAUUGUGCUGGGGGACAUGAGGAAUGCACUUCUAACUUUUCUCAGGAGAUGAGGUCCUGG